AUGGCGCCAGGUAAUCGCAAGAAGCUGCCGCAGCGCAACGCCGGAAGCGUCGGCAGCAUCCACGACGUCUACGCUCGUGCGCUGCGGCUGUCGUCUGGAGCGCCAGCGCAGGAGAUACCCGAGAUUCCUAGCGCCAGUGAAGUCCACGAAGCAGCCGAUGAGGGUGAACGCACUCAGCCGUCGCCUUCGACGGACCGCCCCGCAUCGGCCGACAGCCGGGUGAAGCUGUUCACGUGGGACUUCAACCAGUGCGACCAGAAACGUUGCACCGGUCGGAAAUUGCUUCGUAUGAAGCUCAUACAACCGUUGAAAAUCGGGCAGUCGUUCGCCGGCGUGGUGUUGAGCCCAUUCGGUCGCAGCAAGCUGUCGUUGGAAGACCUGGAGCUCGUGCGCACCCGCGGGUUGGCGGUGAUCGACUGCUCCUGGAACAAGGUCGACACCGUCAACCAGGGCCAGCUCAGCGUCAAGCAUGCGCGACUGCUCCCUUUCCUCAUCGCCGCCAAUCCAACGCACUACGGGCGCCCAUUUGAGCUGUCGUGCGUGGAAGCACUGGCAGCUGCCUUGCAGAUUCUAGGCAUGGUAAACGAAGCCACACGCAUACUGGCCCCCUUUGGCUGGGGACGCAACUUCCUGGAGAUAAAUGCGUCCAACUUGGAGUUGUACGGCACCCAGGGGCACACCAGCGCCGAUAUGGAAGCACUUGAGCAGCGUUUCUUGUCGGGCGUGGCAGCGGAGAACGAGGAGCGCCGUGCUGCGCGUCGUCAGCUCGACUACCAGGACAUUGGUGCCGAGGCGCCUACUUAA